UUAUAAUUUAUUAUUUAUACACAUGCAAAUUUCUCUCAUAUUUUAUCAUCUUUUUCAUACUAAAUUAGUCAGAGGAAUUGCAGUUAAUUGAGAUGUUGGUAAUUCAAUAUCAUCGAACAGGGUAGUGAAAGCUUUCAGCUGCAGGCUCAGUUACUGAUCGGUAAAAAAAAGACGACCAAAAAAACAAACACUUUUACCUAAAUAUUGAUCACGUGCCAUAAAUGACAAUAGGUUUUACUGGCCUUGAAUUCUUUCCGGCGAGUCGAGUGAUUUUCCGGCCAUCUUCCCCGUUUGUUCUUGUCGAUACGCGAUCUUCUCCGUCGCCGGAAUCUGCACGCACUCCGCCGGAGCUCCUUGCUCUAGCUCUCGUCAAGUUCAGGAAAAGAGGAAGCUUUGAUUCACUCCAAUUGACUCCCUUACGGUGAUCAUGGACACAGCUGCCCCAAAGGGGAUCGGAGCCCUCAAUACCCGAGAAUCACAACCUGUAAAUACUGAAGCUUACAACACGGCAAAUGCCAAACACUGCAUCAGAAACAAUGGAACAGGAGGCUGGAGUUCAGCAUUUCUUCUGCUAGUAAAUCAAGGGCUUGCGACACUAGCUUUCUUUGGUGUCGGGGUGAACUUGGUUUUGUUCUUAACUCGAGUUCUUGGACAAGACAAUGCUUCUGCAGCUAACAACGUCAGCAAAUGGACCGGAACUGUCUACCUGUGCUCACUCGUCGGUGCCUUCCUCAGCGACUCCUACUGGGGCCGUUACCUUACUUGUGCAGUCUUUCAAGUCAUAUUUGUUCUGGGCCUUGUGCUUUUAUCGUUAUCGUCUUGGCUUCUGCUGCUGAAGCCUGUGGGCUGUGGAGACGGCAAACAGAUCUGCGUGCCGGCUACUUCAUUUGGCUCAGCCUUAUUUUACUUGGCUGUGUAUUUAGUGGCUUUUGGCUACGGCGGCCACCAGCCCACCAUAGCCACCUUUGGUGCUGAUCAGUUUGAUGAGUCUAUCCCCAGGCAGAGAAACUCUAAGUCUAGCUUCUUUUGCUACUUCUACUUUGCACUCAACACUGGCUCCUUGUUUUCAAACACAAUAUUGGUGUACUAUGAGGAUUCCGGUGAAUGGACGCUUGGCUUUUGGGCAGCCACAGCCUCAGCCGUCCUGGCGUUGGUGGCGUAUCUGCUCGGUUCUAGGGCGUACCGGUAUAUUAAUCCCUCGGGGAACCCGGUAAGGCGCGUGAUGCAAGUGUUUACUGCUGCAGCCAAGAAAUGGAAUGUAAAGAUGCAGGAAGGGGAGGCGUUGCAUGAGGUCGAAGGAUCGGAGUCUGCCAUCAAAGGAAGCCGGAAAAUCUUCCAUACCGAUGGAUUUGAGUGUCUUGACAAGGCAGCAAUAAUAACGGAACAAGACAGGCAGGGCCCGGCAGAUCCCUGGCGCCUCUGCACCGUAACCCAAGUGGAGGAAGCCAAAUGCAUACUCCGAAUGCUACCAAUCUGGCUCUGCACAAUCAUAUACUCAGUAGUCUUCACCCAAAUGGCCUCCCUCUUCGUGGAGCAAGGCAACGUCAUGAACUCCACCGUCGGCAAUUUCCACCUCCCUCCCGCCAGCAUGUCGGCGUUCGACAUCUGCAGCGUCCUCCUCUGCACCGGCAUAUACCGCCAGAUCCUCGUCCCUAUAGCCGGAAGGCUCAGCGGCAACCCCAAGGGCCUGACGGAGCUCCAGCGCAUGGGAAUCGGCCUUAUCAUCGGAAUGCUGGCAAUGGUCGCCGCUGGAGUAACCGAAAUGGAAAGACUCAAAAGAGUCAUCCCCGGCGAACACGACAGCCAGAUGAGCAUAUUCUGGCAGAUCCCGCAGUACGUUUUAGUUGGGGCGUCCGAGGUUUUUAUGUACGUUGGACAGCUCGAGUUCUUUAACGGGCAGGCGCCUGACGGUGUAAAGAGCUUAGGAAGUUCGCUGUGCAUGGCGUCAAUGUCGCUGGGGAACUUCGUCAGUAGCCUGCUAGUGAACAUGGUGAUGGGGAUCACGGCGAGGAACAACAAGCCGGGGUGGAUUCCGGCGGACUUGAAUACCGGCCACAUGGACAUGUUCUAUUUUCUGAUUGCAGGGCUGACGGCGGCUGAUUUGGUGGUAUAUGUGGCGUGUGCUAAGUGGUAUAAAUGCAUUAAUCUGGAGGACACUGACGGUGAUCAUGAAGGUGGGAAGGUGAAGGAUAAUAGCAAGACAGACCAAGAGAUGGUGAAUAGGGUUUGAGGACCGAAAAUUAUUAGCACAAUCAGAUUUGGUUAAAUUAAAUUAAUUACAUAACACGUGCGAUAUAUUUGUCACAUGAUUGAACACUUUAACUUAUACAUCAAUCACCCAAUCAUGCGACAAAUAUAUUGCACUUGUUAUAUAAUUAGUAAAAUCCGAUCAAAUCUAAUUUAAGGGUUAAACUUCUCAUUUGACAAGUGGUAUGGAACUAUAUAUAUAGUUAACGUGAUUUUGUAAUAAAGUUAAUUAUGUUAGCUAGAAAUAAGAGGAAGUGAGACCCCUUCUACUUUGAUGAGAGAUUGAAGGGGAAUGACUGCUUCUCUUUUAACUUUCAUGUACAAAAUAUCUUA